CUCUCUGACUCCUCCCUGCGGACUCCUCGAGGACCCAGACGCAUCUUGCCUCAGAUAUAAUACUAACCAAGUCGAGCACGACUAAAAUUAGCAUAUAAAUCGUGGAAGGGUCAAACCAGCUUUCUCGCUUGUUUUGCAGCUAUCAUCGGAUUCGGACCUCGCUCUCUGAUCUCUCGCUAUUGUCUUCUCCUCUGAUUUUCUGGUGUAGUUUUUGUUGAAUCGAAAAUGGCUUGUGUAAGCUUCGCAAAGCUAAACGCGGCGUCGUCUCCGUGGAUCGGCCAACAGUCUUUCGCUCAACGUCCCGGAUCGUCAACCAGGUUCGCUACCCGCCGAGUUUCUGUCGUCCCGAUCCGCGCCAGCGCUUAUACUGACGAACUCGUUCAAACCGCUAAAUCUAUUGCAUCUCCUGGUCGUGGUAUCCUUGCUAUUGAUGAAUCAAAUGCAACUUGUGGGAAGAGAUUAGCAUCUAUUGGAUUGGAAAAUAAUGAAGCCAAUCGACAAGCAUACAGGCAACUUUUGCUGACCACUCCGGGGCUCGGUGAAUACAUUUCUGGUGCUAUUCUUUUUGAGGAAACGCUUUACCAGUCAACCACAGACGGCAAGAAGUUUGUGGAUUGCCUGCGUGAUGAGAAAAUCGUGCCUGGCAUCAAAGUUGACAAGGGUCUGGUUCCCUUACCAGGAUCAAAUAAUGAAUCCUGGUGCCAAGGCCUGGAUGGACUAGCUUCAAGAUCUGCUGAAUACUACAAACAAGGUGCACGUUUUGCUAAGUGGAGGACAGUUGUUAGCAUCCCUUGUGGUCCUUCGGCUCUGGCUGUUAAGGAAGCUGCAUGGGGACUUGCACGUUAUGCUGCCAUUUCUCAGGACAAUGGUCUUGUGCCCAUAGUAGAGCCUGAGAUUCUUCUAGAUGGGGACCACCCAAUUGAAAGAACUCUUGAAGUAGCUGAAAAGGUCUGGUCAGAGGUCUUUUUCUACUUGGCCCAGAAUAAUGUUGUUUUUGAGGGAAUACUUCUGAAGCCCAGCAUGGUGACCCCAGGAGCUGAACACAAGGAGAAGGCCUCUCCUGAGACCAUUGCCAAAUAUACACUCACAAUGCUAAGAAGGAGAGUUCCUCCUGCAGUUCCAGGAAUCAUGUUUUUAUCUGGAGGACAAUCUGAAAUGGAAGCCACACUGAACCUGAAUGCAAUGAACCAAAGCCCCAACCCCUGGCAUGUUUCUUUCUCAUACGCACGUGCCUUGCAAAACACUGUCCUCAAGACAUGGCAAGGACGUCCUGAAAAUAUUGAAGCUGCUCAGAAGGCACUUUUGGUGCGUGCAAAAGCCAACUCUCUUGCGCAGCUUGGAAAGUAUUCUGCUGAGGGUGAAAGCGAUGAAGCAAAGAAAGGAAUGUUCGCCAAGGGCUACACCUACUAAAGUCAAGGCAAACUGAUCUCCUCUUGCAUCUCUAUAUAUGUUUGAUUUCAGUGUUCACUAGUUAAUAGAUUUCGCAUUUUGAGGACUUCCAAUAUAGAUAAACGGGUAUCUUCUUUUUACUUACUGAAGAAUAGAGAGCCGAAUAAUACUUUUGAGGGAAAGGAAAAUUUUCCUGUAUCGGUGACCUGAUGAAAGAUGAGAGUUGAUAAACUGUUAAAGCAAUAAUAUAUAUAUUUUAUGCUUUGUAUUUUACAACUAUUAAAAGUAAAUCUAUUUUGAGUC